AUAGUUUCUUAGUGAAAGUUCUAAAGGCGAAAGAAUCUUGAUCUUUAUACCGCAAGAUCUAAAAAGAGAUAACGGAAGUUCUUCUUCAAUUCACUUUUAUUUUCUUUUACCAUCUUCUGCAUUCAGCAUAUCAUCCAUUCUCAUUCUUACGUCAUAUUUUUUAAGUUGAGUGGUCCUUUACCAGUGUCUGUCAAAAAGGUGACGGAUUCCUCUGGGAUCCUGUAGCAUGCUGUUAAUAAACUACUGCUCCUCCUCAUGUGCACUAAUGCUUGUGAAGUGAGACCUUCAAAAGAAAUUUUAUUCAUGGAUAUGUAUGACACGUUUCAAGAACUCUUUGAGAUCAUUGGUCCCCCUUAUAUGUUUGCAUUUCAUAAGGUUAAUUAACAAUUAAAUGUUCCAAGAAUGAAAAUUACUUUACUAGUAAAACUGUAGGAGUGUCACUUAUUUUUCUUUACCUGUUUGAGUCUGGUAUAACCUCAUAUUUGGAUACAGAUCUCAAUGGCAAGGAGUUGUUGGAAAGUAAUGCGAGGACAAUGAAUGGACAUGAUGUGGUUCUGUGUUCUACUGAUGUACAAGCUGCUUGUGAUGCUCCUGAAGUUGGAACAGAUAGUAUUCACCCAGAAAAGAAAAUAAAACUUUGUUGGCAGCAGCUUUAACCAAUACAGAUAAUGGUUGUGAUAAUCAAAUGGGUGGUCCAAAACAAUUGGUGAUUGAAACUGAUAGCUCCAAUCAGGCAGCUGCUUCAUGCAUUCCAGUUAGUGAGGCGCCUGGAUCUCCCAUUGUUAUUGAAAUUAGUGAUAGUGAUGAAGAAAAUCUUCCUGCUGGGUCUACACAUUUCUUUACUACUUGUGCUUCAGACUUCAACUCAACUGGAAAGAAGGUGCCUUUCAUUAAUAUUGGGAAAGGUGCAUGCUUUAUGAAAACAGAGGAAGAGGAUGGAACUGGUUCCAUGGAAGAUUGUGAUAUUUAUCAGAUGCCAAAAAGAAAAAGAAGCAUGAUUGAGACUAGUGACACUAACUUUAUGGUGGCUAAGAGGAAGAAAGAAGAAAAUGGGCAGUUGCUUCGUGAUGAAAAUGGUUCCCUUGGUAGUGACAGCUCAGUGAAGCUUGACAAAUCCGCUGGUCUUGAACCUCUUUUGCUUUCUGUUCAAAAUCGCUUAGGAGAAGUAAGGAAAGGUGGCAGUGUCCAAAUUGGUCUGAAAAAAUCACUCUUUGAUGAUAAUGAUUACUCGAGUGAUUGUACUUCUAGUGAUUCAGAGAGCGAAUCUUGUCUGGAAGCUUAUGUGGAUAAAAUGGUUGCAAUUGCUAAAGGAUACAGGCUGAAGACAUGGAAUUUUGCAGCAGACAUGCUUUCAGAUCUUGAGAAGGAUGAUGAACUCUGCAUGAAUGCAGUUUGUGCUCUCUAUCGGAAGAAAAAUUCUGCAGAGAAAUCCCCCAUGAAAUCAUCAGUUCUUGCAGAUCCAGGUUUUUCCUAUUGUGAUGCAAUGAGUGUAACUCAAUUAGCUGAGUUUUUAAUUGAUGGGGAUCCAGAGUUCAAGUUAAAGAGAACUGUCUCAGACGCUCAACAAAAAGAUCCAAAAGUGCUUUCAAAGUGUAAAGAUCUUGCGAUUCAGUACUAUGAGAAGCUGUUUGAGUUAUAUCAAAAUGGGCAGGAUCCUUUCUUCCAUCCGAAGUUCUAAGCUCAUUUUUAAGAAGUUACUGAGAUAGAUGAUGCAUACAGGCUAACUUAUACACAUGACAGGCUGGGGUGCCUCAGCAUUGAUAGUCUUUUUUUUCUUACAGCCUAAUAUGAUGGACCUGGUGAAGUUCUUUGUCAUACAAACUUGCAUGGAUUGGAGGCUUUGCAUUCUUCAAUUUGUAUAGUGCAACUCCCUGAAUGCAAACAGCCUUCUGAAUAGUUUUGCUUGGUUUGGUCAUAGAAAUAGCCUAUAAUAGGUAAUAGUUUUUAGAAUAUUUCCCUUAAAAUACAGUAUGUGUAUUCUCUGGAAUACAACAUUUAGUCAAGUGGUAUUUAUAGUUGCACACGAUCAAACUGCAGCUAGAAAUUGUUGAGUUAUAUAGGCCAUGCAAUGCAGCAUCAAAAUUUACACA